AUGGUCGCCUCGGAAGAUUCCACGUGGACAAACCCCGCGGCGGGCGACCACCAACACGGUGCCGCGGCGGCGCUCUCCGCGCUAUGCGGGUCGAACCUGCGGUACGCCACGGAUUUAGCAUACGUCAUCCGAGCGCAGGCCCUGAGGAACCGCGAGGUAGCAGAAUGGCUACCGCGAGCCAUCACCGCCACGCACGAGACUAUCCCACCCGCCCUUGGCAUCAACGACGGCCAAGCGCAAGCCGACGAUCUCAGCGAGCUAGGAGGCAUGACCAGACUCGUGCAAUUCGGGCUCUCCGAUAGGGACGUGGACUGGAUUGCCCACGUGACGGGUCUCAGCAGACGCCAGACCGAACCCCCCGACGACCCCCUUUUUCUCGCACGGCACCAAUACGGGUGCGGCAUGACCGGCGAAGAGCAAGAGGUAGCCGUAGAAGGGAUAGCAGUCCUCACAGCAGCGGCUCAGCACGAACGUCACCACGACAUUGCCAACCUGCGACCCAUGUCUUCGCUGGGCAGAGCGCUGAUGCGCAUGAUGGUCAGACGGCUCCGCGCGGAUGUCGACAGCACAAGCACCCGGACGGGCCAAACGACAGCCGCGCCAACGCGGGCCGGUGGUCACGCAGUGGACGCAGCCGCCGCCACCCGCGGUGAACGUGCCGAGCACGCGCACGCCCCCACCUCCUGGGGCCAGAGCGCGCACGGAGCCCCAGCACACCUCAACAGCGGUGGGUCCACAAUCCCCAUGGAAGUCGACGCAGGACACCCCGCCGACCUAGCCCACGACCUGGGACAUAGAAGAAGCGACAGGCCGCGCAUAGGGGUGACAGAUGGGCUUGCAGACCGCGCUGGGCAAGUAACUCGGGCCAUACAAAACGAGAUUGCGUGCGUUAGACAGGCCACGGCGAAUCGCACGCUACAGAACUACACUUGGAGCGGAUACUUGGCCCCCUUCCUCUGGCUGUCAGCUGUCGAGGCCGCCAGAGAGGCACUGCGACUGUCGCUGCGGACCGCGGGAUCGCCGCUCAACGGCUUCCGGGCCACGGUAGAAUGGUGGGAAGGACGUGACGUGAUGACGAGCGGUGACGCGCUCGAAUGCGGCUACCUACACGCACUGCUGCAGGAGCACCUGGCUAACCUCGCGGACCCGCACGGAUGGGCACAAGGGCGCGAGAACCGCCCGCACCGCAGGGACCUCCACAGGCCCGACGCAUGGACGCCACGCAGCACCGCCGCGCACGCCGACCAUCGCACCCUUACUGGCUCGAGCGUGCGAAUUCUGCCACGCCACAUCCCGUACCAGCCCGAACGGCGUACGGUCCUGACCAUCCAUGACAUCGCCAGCGCACUAGAUCGCAGGGACCAAACCGACGAAAACGCCAACGCUCCACCCGCCGCGCUACGCGACGACGGUUCGGUGGACGGCGCCGCGGCGCAAAGAGCACAUGACAUGCUAAGGGGCAUCCCGAGCCCUGGCGCUAAUCAAAGCCAGUGGCUAUCGGCGGUGAUGUGGCUCAUCCUGCGCCCCCACUAUCGCUCUCUGCUACGACCGCUGCUCGUGGGGAGGCAGAUAUACGGAGGACCCUUCGACGUCGUCGCAAGAUGGCUCAGACGGGCCGCGGUGCUAUCGCCCGCGCAGCUCGUGAGCUUCGCUUCAGUGGCCACAGGCAUGCCUGCCGAGGCGUUUCCUGCAUACUAA